AAUUCUAAAACACACCCUUGUAAGCAGUUAAGGGAAACAGACACAAAUCCCUUGCUUUCAGUAGCAGGAGUACAGAAAGGAUACCAAAUAAGACAGUUGGUAGGGUAUCGAGAUUGGUCAUCAUGGCUUUGAAGAGAAUACAGAAGGAGCUGCAUGACCUGCAACGGGAUCCACCUGCACAGUGCUCAGCUGGACCAGUGGGGGAUGACUUGUUUCACUGGCAAGCAACGAUAAUGGGACCUAGUGACAGUCCAUACCAAGGAGGAGUGUUCUUUCUCACAAUUCACUUCCCCACAGACUAUCCCUUCAAACCUCCAAAGGUAGCCUUUACAACAAAAAUCUAUCAUCCAAACAUAAACAGCAAUGGCAGUAUUUGCCUGGACAUCUUGAGAUCACAGUGGUCCCCAGCACUAACAGUAUCUAAAGUUCUAUUGUCCAUAUGUUCAUUGCUUUGUGACCCAAACCCUGAUGACCCUUUAGUUCCAGAUAUAGCGCACAUCUACAAGUCAGACAAAGAAAAAUACAACAGACUAGCAAGAGAGUGGACCCAAAAGUAUGCGAUGUGAAGCACUGUACAUUCUAGAGAAAAUUUUAAAAAGUAACUUAGGUAAUAUUAAACAUAACAUACUGUUAACAUUUAUCAUCAAAUCAGCCACCAUUAAUGAAUGAACUUAGUAUUUUAUAGGGAAAUAUUCCUCAAUCCAACAUUACAUGAAAAGGCUUAACACAUUUUGAGCAUUGCAGUCAUUUUCCUUUUUUUUCCUUGGUUA